AUGUCUUCAUUGUCUUCUGCUUCUGAUGAAUUUGUAGUGACUUGCCGCGCUUGUCUUGAAAAUAAGGGUAUAACUGAUAUAUUUCUCACAAUCUAUGCAGAUUUCACUUUGUGUGACUUGUAUUCAACAAUAUCUCUACUCGAAUUAGAUGAAGCUGAUGGUUUGCCAAGAAUGUUGUGCUCAAAUUGCACAGACUUUGUUAUAAAAUUCAAUGCCUUCAGGAAACGAGCACAAGUAUCAGAGACAUACCUGAAGAAUUCAUUACUGAACCAUUUGAAGGAAGAUGAAUUUAAGGCUCUUACUCACCAGUUGUCUGACAAUGAUGAUUUGAGUGAAAGCAAUGAACUUUCUAAUGAUGAAAUCAGGACUGAAUCAGAUACAGAAAAGUCAUCAACUAGAAAAAAGAUUCCAAGAAGAAUUCCCAAUGACCUAACAUGCACAUUUUGUGAUCUCAAAUUUGACACCUACAGUGCCUACCUGAUCCAUAGAAAAAAAGAAGCUGAUAAAAGAAGAAGAAAGAAGCCAUGUACAAUCUGCCACAAACUUAUUAGCUCAUAUAAACUGAAAGACCAUUUAAAUUCUCAUACAAAAGAAAGACCAUAUGAAUGUCAAACUUGUGGUGAAACAUUCAGAUUUAAAUCUAGUUUGGGGCGCCACAAAUUUCUUCACAUGGAGAAAAAACCACAUGAAUGUCAUAUUUGUGGAAGAGGUUUUAUACAAGCACCUACACUAACAGAUCACAUACGCACCCACUAUGGUGAGAAAUCAUGCAUGUGCAAUAUUUGUGGAAAAGGAUUUGUGACAAAACAUGCACUAGGUAAUCAUAUUAAUAUGCACAAAAUGGAUGAUAAAAAAAGAAUCAAAGAUUCAACUUAUAAAAAAUGUGAGGAAUGCAAUAAAUCAUUCUCUUCCAGUUCAGGACUGAAACAACAUAUGCAAAUUCAUUUUGACAAGAAAUUUUUAUGCAGUGAAUGUGGCAAGAAAUUUUCAACAAAAAACCUGCUUUAUUCACAUAUGAAAACACACUCUGGGGUUAAACCUUAUAGUUGUAGCAUUUGCAGUAAGACCUUUGCUCAGAAGAGCAGUCUCAAUAAACAUUUACUUGUUCAUACAGGAGAGAAACCAAUUUCAUGCAAUAUUUGUGGAAAACGAUUUUCUCAACAAGGCCACCUGACCUAUCAUAUGAGACAACAUAGUGGAGAGAGGCCCUAUAGUUGCACUUACUGUGAUAAAACAUUCAAUCACUCUGGAACCUUUAAAGUGCACACUAGAAUUCAUACUGGGGAGAAACCAUUUGGUUGUCAUAUAUGUUCAAAAAGAUUCUAUGAUUCUAGUAGCAUGAAGAAGCAUAUUAAAAUACAUGAUAAUGCUGAAAAACAUAUCAAAACAGAAACUAUGGAAUUUAUACCACAGCAACAACUGAUGUUGAAUCCAAAUGAAUUAAGUUUGUGGAAUGAGAACAAAGAUGAGGAUUUGAAGGCAUGUUGA